AUGUGCGCAAUUUCUGCCCUCUUGUGGACCCUACCCGUUUGUCUCCCGUCCUCUCCCGAGGAGGACCCUCCAUCGUCCUAUCCGUCAAGUGUCAGUCACUACGGUAACUGGCCGUCCACCCUAUGCGCCCAGCCAAUCUCUUUCGUUGCGCAAAAAGUCGAGUGCAAAAGUCGUCCUGGCAACGAUCGGGGGCGCGGCGGGCGGGACACACUGCCAUCGAACUCCAGGCUAUCCACCAGCAGCAGCUGUCCAUCAUCGGAUAUGUCCCUCUCCCGCCCGCUGUGCCCCGCGCCGCCGCAAAGCUUUGACCCCGCGGGUGCAAGCGAUUUGUUUCUUAAUGCUGAUGGAUAUGCUGACUUUUCGGGCAAUCUAAGGUAUCACAUACAAAUACAUGCAUUCCAAUCGCACACUUGCGACAUAAACGCAAUACGAACAUAUGUUGUUGCCAGACCUGCAAUUGCGCAAUGUUCAAUUUCAACUGUCUCCUACAACCCCUCAUUUUCUGCCUAUCUCGACGAACAGGCCGAUGAAGUACGCCUGCUCAAUAUCCGACUUCAACUAUAUCCCCUACGCAUGAAACACUAUCCCUUCCAACGGUCCUAUUUCUUAUCAAACCCCUGCCCUGGUUCCAGGUGUUCUUCGAGGCCGUUGUGGUCGAGCCUGUUCUGGACAAGUGUCUCGGCGCAGGAUCCAAAUCGCACAGUUACUUCGCAGCGAAUCUCCUAA